CUGUUGUCAGUGCCAUCCCAGUGCCAACCCUGGAGGGCAGCCAGUACCCUGGCAUUCUGUCCUCGCCCACCUGCGGGUACAGUCAUGGUACUGUGACCACUCACCCCAAGUUCACCCUGAGAGCGAUGCCCUUCCCCAGCCUCACCGUGGACCGCAGCUACACAACAGGUGGAACGAUAUCGACAGAGGGCAGUGCCACGCUGGGGGUACAGCAGCAGACCUUGAUUGGCAGCAGUAGCAGUCAGCCAGGUAUAGGAGGUAAAGGAGAGCUCUCUCUGCCUGGCACAGAGGAGGUUGGAGGUACCUCGACCCGUUCCAUCCCCACCGCCUGCGUCAGGCCCACGCACCCCUUACGAAGCUUCGCCAACCCUCUCCUGCCACCACCCAUGGGCACCAUCGACCCCAAGGUCUACACACCCAUGAUGCCACAUUCAAGUGCCAGCCUUCCCAAGCCAACGGUAAAAACAGCAUCUCUGGGGCAAGCUGGCAAGGCCAGAUCACCACUACUACCGGUCUCUGUGCCAACAGCCCCAGAGGUGGGUGAAGAGGGACAGAAACAGACAGAUGACUCAGCCAAUGUAAGUAACUCUCCGGCGUUCACCAUCACACUCUAA